CUCACGUUGAGGUUUUCAAUGGAUUUUUGCCGCACUAUUGUUGUCAUCUGAUCAUUUCACGAUUAGCUAUUUUCCUGCAAAACAUUUUCGACAUGAACAGCCGCUUGCAAGAAAUACGGGAAAGGCAGAAGCUCAGACGUCAGCUUCUCGCACAACAGCUCGGAGCAGAGAGUCCCGACAGCAUCGGCGCAGUUCUCAACAGUAAAGAUGAACAAAAAGAGAUCGAAGAGACUAGAGAGACCUGCAGGGCAUCAUUUGACAUAUCAGUUCCUGGUGCUAAAAGGAAGUGUCUGAAUGAGGGUGAAGAUCCAGAGGAAGAUGUGGAAGAGCAAAAGGAAGAUGUUGAGCCUCAACAUCAGGAAGAGAGUGGACCAUAUGAAGAGGUGUACAAGGACUCCAGCACAUUUCUAAAGGGCACUCAGAGUUUAAAUCCUCACAAUGAUUAUUGCCAGCACUUUGUGGACACAGGUCAUAGACCUCAGAACUUUAUCCGAGAUGGAGGUUUGGCUGACAGGUUUGAGGAAUACCCCAAACAAAGAGAGCUCAUUCGACUGAAAGAUGAACUCAUCUCUGCCACCAACACUCCCCCCAUGUAUCUCCAGGCAGAUCCAGACACGUUUGAUCUGAGAGAGUUGAAGUGCAAGUUUGAUGUGAUUCUGAUAGAGCCUCCAUUAGAGGAAUAUUACAGAGAGUCAGGCAUCAUUGCCAAUGAGCGCUUUUGGAACUGGGACGAUAUCAUGAAGCUGAACAUAGAGGAAAUCUCAUCCAUUCGCUCUUUUGUAUUCUUGUGGUGUGGCUCAGGAGAAGGCCUUGAUCUUGGCCGAAUGUGUCUGAGAAAAUGGGGCUUCAGGCGAUGUGAGGACAUAUGUUGGAUCAAGACCAACAAAAACAACCCUGGCAAAACCAAAACACUGGACCCUAAAGCAGUGUUCCAGAGAACUAAGGAGCACUGCCUGAUGGGUAUCAAAGGCACUGUUAGACGCAGCACAGAUGGCGAUUUCAUUCACGCUAAUGUGGAUAUUGACCUGAUCAUUACAGAGGAGCCAGAGAUGGGCAAUAUUGAGAAGCCAGUGGAGAUUUUCCACAUCAUUGAGCAUUUCUGCCUGGGUCGUCGACGGCUGCACCUGUUUGGCAGAGACAGCACUAUCAGGCCAGGAUGGCUGACUGUGGGUCCCACUCUGACCAAUAGCAACUUCAACAUCGAAGUUUACUCCACCCACUUCAGCGAGCCCAACUCUUACUUGUCUGGUUGUACUGAAGAAAUCGAGAGACUCCGCCCCAAAUCCCCACCUCCUAAAUCUAUGGCAGAAAGGGGUGGGGGUGCACCGCGAGGAGGACGGGGUGGUCCCGCUGCGGGCCGAGGUGAUCGGGGUCGAGAGAGAAAUCGGCCAAACUUCCGUGGGGAUCGAGGGGGAUUCAGAGGCCGUGGAGGCCCACAUCGUGGAUUCCCUCCCCGAUAGUCUGCAACGUGCCAACAUUCAGACUGAAAACAAAAAAUGUGAGGAUUCUGAGAUAUUUUUGUAUUUGAAAUUUGAAAAGGUGUUGAUCUCUGUAUUGUUUUUGUUAAGUGUAUUAAGAGGUUAGGGAUGGGGUUCAAUUUUAACAACUCAAUUCUGAAUGACUUCUGUAAAGUCACUUACAAAAGUAUUUGUAAAGAUUUUAUUCAGCCUCAAUUAAACCCUGUUUUUUAAACAAA